ACCACAUUUUACGACACUACCCAUUACUCAGAUGCCCAUUAACAAUGGGUUUAUUAGGUCUUACAGUUUCACUCACUCCUCUGUCUUCUUCACUUCCCUUCAUUUCCACUCUCUCCACCUUUUCUUCCCAUCUUCUUUCCCUCUCUUAUCCUUCCACCAGAAGGAGAAGCUUAUUGUUACGUGUGCGAAAUAUUGGUUAUAAGAGCGAAUUAGAAGUUAUGGAAUCGGGAAAGACGACACCGGAGCUCAAUCGGGAUCUUUAUUCCCCUAUUGAGCCGUAUAGUACUGGUUUUUUGAAGGUUUCGGAUCUUCAUACAAUUUAUUUUGAGCAAUCGGGCAAUCCUAGUGGUCAUCCGGUUGUUUUUCUUCAUGGGGGUCCAGGGGGUGGAACAGCGCCAAGCAAUCGUAGAUUUUUUGAUCCAGAUUUUUAUCGGAUCGUUCUAUUUGAUCAGAGAGGCGCAGGCAAGAGUACACCUCAUGCUUGCUUGAUGGAAAACACCACAUGGGACCUCAUUGCUGACAUUGAAAAGCUAAGAGAACACCUCGAAAUUCCCGAGUGGCAGGUAUUUGGUGGGUCUUGGGGAAGUACACUGGCUCUUGCAUACAGCCAAGCUCACCCUGAUAAGGUUACUGGCAUGGUCCUCAGAGGGAUCUUUCUUUUGCGGAAGAAAGAGAUUGAUUGGUUUUACGAGGGUGGUGCUGCUGCUAUUUACCCAGAUGCUUGGGAGCCAUUUAGAGAUCUCAUCCCAGAAAAUGAAAGGGUUUGUUUCAUUGAUGCUUACAGCAAGAGAUUAAACUCUGAUGAUAAAGAAACACAAUUCGAAAUCCGAUCAGAAUAUGCAGCUGCAAGAGCAUGGACCAAAUGGGAAAUGAUGACUGCCCAUCUUCUUCCAAAUGAAGAGAACAUCAAAAAAGGGGAUGAUGACAAUUUUUCUUUGGCAUUUGCGAGGAUUGAAAACCAUUACUUUGUGAACAAGGGAUUUUUCACUUCAGAUUCUUUCCUAUUAGAUAAUGUUGAUAAAAUAAGGCAUAUAAAUACUAUAAUUGUACAGGGAAGAUAUGACGUUUGUUGCCCUAUGAUGUCUGCUUGGGAUCUUCACAAGGCAUGGCCAGAGGCAGAUUUUAAGGUUGUUCCAGAUGCAGGACAUUCUGCUAAUGAACCAGGAAUAGCUGCAGAACUUGUGGUUGGAAAUGAGAAGCUCAAAAACAUUAUAAAGAAUAGAGGCUGAGAGGAGGUAUAUAUCAACCUCAGUCAAAAUUAUAAAGUGGACAUCAUAAAUUUGCUAUUCAUAGAGAAGUUAGUUGCAUAAAUUUGCAGUUUGUUGAACAGACUAUAGCUUGAAAAUUGGGAACUAUUUAUUAUCUGUAUUGCUGUCCCAUCCGGUGCAGUUCUUCCUUCAACAGAAGCUCGAAUACUCUUAUAUGCGGCGAUGAAUGCUUUAAGAAGAAAAAUUAUAAUUAAAAGAAGAAAUGUUGGGAAAACUA